AUUAAUUCCCAGCUCUCCACCUUUGUUUGCCAAUCACUUGCAUAUGCUUUCUAAUGAAAUAUAUCUCAUCAAGCUUCUCAAUUCUGCAUAGCUAGAGAGCUUCCCUGCUUCUACAACACUAUAAUUAAUAAAGAAACAUGAUGAAGAACUACUCAUCACUUGUACUCCGCCGGGCUUUGCUUCUUAUGAUGAUCUUUCUUGUUGCUGAGAGCCUUCGCGUGUCGCCUCAAUACCAAUUUGGCCUUAAGGGGAAAAGCAUGGAACCUGGAGAUUCAAUACGUUCCAAGGAAGGAGGAAAGGAAGAGGUGGUUGGGAUGAAGCUGUACGCAACAGGAACAGGAUCUAGCUUGCCGGAUUGUUCCCAUGCCUGUGGUCCAUGCUUCCCUUGCAAGAGGGUGAUGGUGAGCUUCAAAUGCUCCACGGAGUCUUGUCCAAUUGUUUAUAGGUGCAUGUGCAAAGGGAAAUACUACCAUGUACCUUCUAAUUAAUUUUCAUGGAGAUGAUUAUAUAUUAAGUCUAGUGAGCUUAGCUUAAUUAGUCUCUAAUCUUCUUGAACAGAAGAUUUCCAAGGGGAAAUUAGUUUGUAAAUGUUGGCACUGAUGAGGUUUUGGUAGUUUAAUUUGUGUUUCUUUUUCUGUAGCGUUCAGUUCUUCUCAAC